CACGCAACACAAUAACACGCACAUGUGAAUAUAACGGCCAAUGUGAUAAUAUUAGUGUUCGAAAUUUGAAAAAUAAUAAGAAAGUGCUAAACGUAUAAUAGUAAACAAUAAAAAAAAGCGGAGAGAGGUUCAAAAUGCGAGCGUUACUUGCGACGUUGGCCGUCUUCCUUGCUGUUACAACUACAGUUCAAUCGGAUGGCAGAGCGCGUGUAGUAUGCUACUUCAGUAACUGGGCGGUAUACCGACCAGGUGUUGGUCGGUAUGGUAUUGACGAUAUUCCGGUUGAUAUGUGCACACAUAUCAUAUACUCAUUCAUUGGAGUCACUGAGAAGAGUAGUGAAGUGCUCAUAAUUGAUCCUGAGCUGGAUGUAGAUAACAAUGGUUUCCGUAAUUUCACGUCCCUCCGUUCAUCACAUCCGAACGUGAAGUUUACGGUAGCAGUUGGAGGGUGGGCGGAAGGCGGUAAAAAAUAUUCACAUAUGGUCGGCCAGAAGAGCACAAGAAUGGCAUUCGUUAGAAGUGUUGUAGACUUCAUCAAAAAAUAUGACUUCGAUGGCCUCGACUUAGAUUGGGAGUACCCUGGGGCAGCAGACCGUGGUGGUUCAUUCUCAGACAAGGAUCGGUUUCUGUACUUGGUACAAGAAUUGAGAAGAGCCUUCAUAAGGGUUGGUAAAGGCUGGGAGCUGACUGCUGCUGUACCACUCGCUAAUUUCAGAUUAAUGGAAGGAUACCAUGUACCUGAACUUUGUCAGGAUUUGGAUGCUAUUCAUGUGAUGUCAUAUGAUCUGCGUGGCAACUGGGCAGGUUUUGCAGAUGUGCAUUCUCCUCUAUACAAACGUCCUCAUGACCAGUGGGCUUACGAGAAACUCAAUGUGAACGAUGGUUUACAACUGUGGGAAGAUAAAGGUUGUCCUACAAAUAAAUUGGUAGUUGGAAUACCAUUUUACGGUCGAUCUUUCACUCUGUCCUCUGGAAAUAAUAAUUACAACCUGGGAACAUAUAUUAACAAAGAAGCAGGCGGUGGAGAUCCAGCACCUUAUACUAAUGCCACUGGUUUUUGGGCUUAUUACGAAAUUUGCACUGAAGUUGAUAAAGAUGAAUCCGGCUGGACCAAGAAAUGGGAUGAACAUGGAAAAUGUCCUUAUGCUUACAAGGGCACUCAAUGGGUCGGUUAUGAAGAUACACGUAGUGUGGAAAUCAAAAUGAACUGGAUCAAGGAAAAGGGCUACUUGGGAGCCAUGACCUGGGCUAUUGAUAUGGACGACUUCCAAGGUUUAUGUGGUGAAAAGAAUCCCUUAAUAAAGCUGCUUCAUAAGCAUAUGAGUUCAUAUACUGUGCCUCCUCCGCGUACAGGCAACACUACGCCUACACCGGAUUGGGCAAAACCACCGUCGACACCAUCAGACCCAUCAGAAGGAGAUCCUAUACCCACUACUGCGAGACCUACAACAGCUGCCAAGCCAAUUAGUACCACCGCCAAGCCGACUACAAUCACUAAGCCGACUAUUGCCGCUCAACCAACUACCGCUGUUGCAUCAACUACUACCCAGGCACCAACAACUAUUUCUACGACAGCAUCUAGCACUGAUGUGGAUGCUGAAUUGCCUGUGGAGAACGAGAUAGAUUCUCCUGAUGACGUUUGUACUUCUGAACAAGACUAUGUUGCUGAUAAGAAACACUGUGAUAAGUAUUGGCGCUGCGUCAAUGGGGAACCGGUCCAGUUCACAUGCCUACCCGGGACAGUCUUCAACUCAAAACUAAACGUUUGCGAUUGGCCGGAUAAUGCUAAACGUCUCGAUUGCUCACCGUAAUUUUAAGAGAUAUUAUUUAUAUUGCAUUAAUAUUAUAUUGCAAAUGCACUUGAAUAGGAAUAAUUAUUUUUAACAUUCUCUACUUGCUAAAAUUGUGAACGUACUUUACAAUUUUAGCAACAUCGCUGUGAAUUAUUAAUGAAUAAAAUAUUGUCGUAUUUUGUUCACUUUCUAACAUAAUACGCUAAUGUUUGUUAUAUGAUAGAUUAAUUAGUCAUUGCUAGUUAGAUUAGUACAAUAUGUUUUCAUAAAAAUGUAGUUCAAAAAUUCUACGUGAUAAUUAUUCUCAGAUAUAGGUUAGGAUGUAAUUGUUAUUUAUAAAUGAGAACAUUUAAUAUUAAAUUAAAUACUCAUAAGAUAAAAUAACACAUACAUACCCACAUAUUUCACUCAUUGUGAACUUGAAUUAAUAAUAGUUUUGUAUAAUUGGUUAUUUCCAAGACUGUGUUAAGUUAUAAAAGUGAUUGUGAAGUUAUAAAAGUUCACUUUUUAUAGACGUUCAUAAAUAAGUUCAAUGAUGCUCGUAGUGGCGGUUUAAGCCGAAUUAAGAAACCAAAUUUUUUAACAGGUCCAACCUGUUAAAAAAAUUGUUUCUUAAUUCGGUUCUUAAUUUUAGAUUUUAAUAAAUCAAUACUUACAAACGACCAAUCUUUCUCUUGAUUUAGACUUUGCAUAAAAUAAAACAAAAUAUUAAAGAUUAAAAAAACUUUUAGUUGCAUUAUGUCCAGCUAGAAGUGCAAGCGCGAAUCCCUUAAUGCGCACGGCCCGUAGCAUUCGCUACUCUUGCCACUAAGCUAAUCCGGUACAGUAUACUCGAUUAGCUAACGGAGAAGGCAUAAUAUUAAUUUCUUGGACAAUUUGUUACAAGCUGGCGUGGCUCUCCUGGCAGCCAAUUACACGCUUCUCGACUUCUACUGAAUUUAAAUGAAAUUUUCAGGACUUCUGAAGAGUGGUUCUCUCUCUAACUAGGUUAUUUAAGGUUAUUAAUUUAUUUCUAACAAUAAUUGAUAAUAAAUAAUGUUGUUAACAGA